UUCUUUCUACUUAAGCUGUGCGAGUUGUACGUGCAAUUUUGUCAAAGCCGUUGACAUUGCACUCCUAAAAUGACUCAAAACAGCAUCUGAGUGGAUGAAGAAAAUACAGAAUUCAUCUUCUACCGUUGUGGAUUAAACCCGCACUGUAUGAGGCAGCGAAACACCUGUGCAGCUAAUGAUUGUGCGACGGUUGGCGUGUAGGGGUCUCGCCUCUCAUCUUUGCCUGGCAGUAAGAUCGACCUGGAGAGCACCUGAGAUGGCCAGACCAUGCUCUGAUUUGACAAAGUUUCGGGAGGAUUUUGCUAAAGCAAAGCACAUUGCUAUUAUUACUGGGGCUGGAGUGAGUGCAGAGAGUGGAGUACCAACCUUCAGAGGUCAGGGAGGAUACUGGAGAAAAUGGCAGGCACAGGAUUUGGCCACGCCUACAGCAUUCUCUCGAGAUCCGUCUUUAGUCUGGGAGUUCUACCAUUACAGACGUGAGGUAAUGGCCAGCAAAAUGCCUAACCCAGCACAUUUGGCUAUAGCAGAGUGUGAGUCCCGUCUUCGCCAGCAGGGGCGCUCUGUUGUGGUCAUAACUCAGAACAUUGAUGAGCUGCACCAUAGUGCUGGUUCCAAAAAUGUUUAUGAGAUCCACGGUAGUUUAUUUAAAACUCGUUGCAUGAGUUGUGGAGAAGUCAAGGCCAACCACAAGAGUCCAAUCUGUCCUGCUCUGGAGGGGAAAGGAGAGCCUGACCCCAGUGCUAAGGACGCCAGAAUUCCAGUGGAGGAACUGCCCAGAUGUGAGAGGAAGAGCUGUAAUGGCUUACUGAGACCUCAUGUGGUUUGGUUUGGAGAGACCCUGGAUGCUGAUAUUCUCACCGGCGUGGAGCAGGAGCUGGACAAGUGUGAUCUCUGCUUAGUAGUGGGCACCUCCUCCAUAGUUUACCCAGCGGCCAUGUUCGCUCCUCAGGUGGCAGCGAGAGGAGUGCCUGUAGCUGAAUUUAACACCGAUAGCACUCCUGCUACUAAAAGCUUUAUGUAUCACUUUAAAGGUCCAUGUGGCAUCACACUGCCUCCUGCCCUGGCACCUCAUGAAACUGAGAUCAUUUAGGAAGACAUGAACACCCACUGCAUUGAGCACUUUAACUGAACUUGAACAUGCUUUGCAAUUGAUUUGGAGUGCUUUCAUGUGAUUGGUCUUUAAAAUGUACACUUUUGUCUUCUGGUUGAAAUUGUUUUUUGAAAUUUGGCAGAAUUACACAGAAUUAAAUUUUA